AGCUAUAUUCGCGGCAACCGAAAAAGUUAUAAAAGACAAAUCGAUGAGUUGCGACAAGCCGGUUAGCGUGCCGCGACUGUUAGCGCCAUCUCAUAACCUCGGCAACGCUUGGUCACGCCGCAGACGCCACGAAACGACCAAUCACGUCAGCGCUUGCUUGGCCUGACCUCGCCGCGACCUGCACCGAGGGAUUUGAUUAGACGAAUGAAGCGUAACCUUGACACGGAUUCUUGGCGAAGAGGACUCCCCCACGAAUGUUGUCCGAGUACCUUCUGUUUAUAAGCCUUGUGAGUGUUGUCGUGCGCGCACGCGCGGGGGGUGAGCUCUGCACACCUGAGCACGCGCCAGGUAGACAAGCGGCGGUGGAGAGAGGGAAGAAGGUAGGAAGCAGACGAUGGGGGGUGCGGAGGAGCCUGCACUGCUGAGGCAGAGACCGCCAACUGCCGAGAGGGUGUGCAUCGUCAACUCUGGCCUCACGUACGACGUGACGAAGUUUGUAGAUCGGCACCCGGGUGGCCGCGAGGUCCUCGUCAAGCAUGCGGGUCAAGAUGUCACGCAAAUCAUGCAGAUGUCGCCACACAAGCACAGCAGCGCCGCCUACGCCAUGCUUCGGAAAUACCGAAUUGGAGAUUCAGAGGAGCAGCAGAAUGGUGUCGCCAAGCCAACAAGCAAUUCCUACUUCAGCACAGAGGAUGAUGAAUUGAUUGACUGGAGUAAGCCCAUUCUAGGGCAGGUGGCAGGUCUGGGCAAACACUACUUCACCUGGACACAUCAGCCUGUUGAUCAGCCUAUUCGCCUCUUCAAGUCCGACUUGUUGGAGCUACUGUCAAAAUGUCCGUGGUGGCUUGUCCCCCUGACAUGGAUACCUGUAUCGUUGUACCUGCUUCAAAGGUCUUACCUGGGCCUCAGCUCCAACACUGUAAGGUGGAACUUACUGGCAACAGAGAUCAUUGUGACACCACUCAUUAUACCUGCAUUGGUUGCACUUGGCAUCUUUCUAUGGACAUUUUUUGAGUACUCCAUUCACCGCUGGAUUUUUCAUCUCAACCCACCUCCUAAAUCGCCGUUGCUUAUUAAGAUGCACUUUGUUCUUCACGGACAACACCACAAGUCUCCCAUGGACAACAUGCGACUUGUGUUCCCGCCAGUUCCUGCUUCAAUGUUUGCAGCGGCCAUCUUUGGCACAUACCUCCUGGUGCUGCCUGUGUCUGUGGCCCAAGCAAUUUUUGCAGGCACCAUCCUUGGCUACAUGGCUUAUGACCUGAUCCACUACUACAUCCAUCAUGCAACACCCCACUCUGCCUAUUUCAGCAGCUUGAAGCGUUAUCAUGUCAAACAUCACUUUGAAAAACAGCAAUUAGGAUUUGGAAUAUCUUCAAAACUGUGGGACUAUCCAUUCGGCACACUGAUAAAGGAUACAGAGUGAAUACCUUAAUGAGUUAAGGCGAGGUCUCUUGUUAUGCAAUAGAAAAUGGACUUAUUUUAACUGUGGGAUUUCCGCUGAAACAGCCUAUAAAUGUGAACAGCAUGAAACCUGCAGUAAACUUUGUGAUAACCUUUUUAAAUCUUUGGCAGCAUAUGCCUUAAGUAUUUUUCCAUUUUAUCAUUAGCCUUGUAAGAUUCUUAAGCAAGGUUGAAUGCCCUGGAUAAAAUGACAAAGGCAAAUGAUGCAUUCCAAUGUUGUAUUGUUGUAUUUGUUGGCAUAAAGUAACUUCGAAGAAAGAAAA